UUCCUUGAACUUGACACCAAACAGAUAAGAGAUAAAAGGACGGGAACAUUGAGAACUUGUACAUCAUUUUGUACCGUAACUCACCGGCCCGUUAAAUAGGCGGAUACUACCAAAACAAAACUACAGAGACGCUGAAAGCAGAAUAAACCUGUCAGACUGUUUCUGGUGAUUCCCCCUCAGAAAGGGGAAGUGAGAGGUGACCGAGUUCAGGCCGACACUCGGUGACUGACUGACUGACUGUGGCGAUGGCCCGGGGGCUCGCAGCCAUGGCCGGGGCCUGGGGGCCGCUGCAGCUUCUCCUCCUGAGCCUGACUCUCCCGGGGAGCGAGUCCCGGGCCCAGUUGCCGCCAGCGGACUGUCUCGGCUGUGAGAGGCUGUGGAAGGUUAAAGAGCACACGGUGUACGGCCACGACUCCGGCCUCGCGAUGCCCCGGGUCAACGCCGAGGAGUUCGGCUCCGGGGCCGAGGCGCCGCUCGAAGCGGACAGCCGCCUGGGCCUGAUGCCCGGCAUGGCCGCCCCUCCCUUCAGCCUGGACACCCUGGACGGAAGGCUGAGCUACCCGGCCGUCCCGGAGCAGCCGGACCGCUCCUUCAUCUUCCAGGCGUUCACCAACAAGUCCGGCUUCCUGGAGUGUCUCUGGAGCUCGCCGGCGUCUCUGGUCGCCCUGGUGGACGGGCUCCCCCCUCACACCCACCUGGUCUUCAUGUCCUUCGAUGACUCGGCCCCCAGGGACGUCAGGUGGAUGAAGCAGCAGCUCAUCCCCGUCAUGGAGGCAAGGCUGAAGAACAUCAGUAGAUUUAAAGACUUCCUAUCUCAACUUCAUUUCGUACCAAUUCCUGUGUAUGCUCUGGGAAACUGGAUCCCUGCGAUAUUCUAUGCCUGGAGAUGUCAACAGCACAACUGUGGGCUUGCACAAAUUGUUUUCACUUCGGCAGAAUUGGAAAUGACAGUAGUUGCCAAACGAUUGGAUGCCAGAUAUGAUUGGAUAAUGAAAGGCUGGAGUUCACUACCGUAUAUUCUCAGAGAUGGUGGAGAUGGCUGUAAUAUUUCAUCUAGAGUAAAAAAUGCUGUGGCUUUCGUCUCUGAUGAAGGAAACUGUUCAUACUUUACAAAGGUCAGCAAUAUGGCAAAUUCUGAAGCACUAGGAGUCCUAGUUUAUGUAAGGCCUGGCAGGCCACUGCAGGAUAUGAACUGUAGGAGAGAAGAAUGUCUCACCAUUAUCAACAUACCGGCCUCAAUAAUGCAUUAUCAGAAGGAUGUGAUUAAAGCAUUAAGAAAUCAUGCCAAAGUGAACGUGACUUUUCAGCACACGCCUUCACCCAAUUUUUACUUUGGAAUUGACAAGGAAGGAAAAUUGUCAGAAUCGGGCUGGUUCCUCUAUCCAUCAUUUAAUUUCAUUGUCUGGCAAGCUCAAUGGUUCAUUUAUAAGAAAAUCUUGAAUACAAAGCUUCAGAGGCCAGCUACCAUAAAAAAUGUUUUCAAUGACACUGUAAUGCAAGGGGACAAAGGAGCAGUAGCAACUGUGGAACUCCCAGAAGACCUGUUUUCAUAUGACCGUUUGGAACUUGAUGCUUCAUUGUCGUGCCCUGGAACAAAAGAUGAAACUUGUCCCCAUUGGGAUCACACAGUUCAGCUGUAUGUGUGCUGUAUGCACAGCAGCUCAUUCUGCAAUCUUGAACUUGGAAGAUGGAUUACGCCAUUUCGCAGACGUAUUGGCCGCUGGUUAACAGAUGUUUCACCACUUCUACCACUGAUUAAUACUAAACAAUGCACAUUUACAAUGAAAACUGCACCUUGGGCCAUGCCCUGGAAACCAUCCCUCAAUCUUCGUUUCAGUAAAAGGAGCCAGUCAUCAUCAGGAUACAGGUCAUCACUGCACCCUUUUAAACUGCUGCAACUCUUCACUGGCGGGAUAUUUGACAAAAAUUACAACAAGAAGUAUCAUCCUAUUAAAUUUGUUGUGCCAUCCUCCACCAAGAAGGUUGAGCUAUAUGCUGUAAUCACAGGCCACGGAAGUGAUGAGAAUGGCUGUGGAGAGUUCUGUGUUACUUCGCAUCAUUUUGUAAUUAAUGGCAUAUUUAAUAAUACGAGGACAUUUGAUGAUGCUGGUACGCCUUUAGGUUGUGCUAACAAGGUUUUGAAUGGUGUGGUCCCAAAUGAGCAUGGCACAUGGUUGUACGGCCGAAAUGGAUGGUGUGAUGGACAGGAUGUGGCACCGUGGAGGAAGGAUGUUACCAAGCAGGUGAACAUGGCUGGAACAAACAGCAUUAUAUAUUUUGGCUGGUUUAAAGGCAAGGAUCCAAAUCCGAAAAAGAACCCUGGAGAAAUUACAAUGUAUUCCUACCUUGUAUUUUACAAGUAAAAUCCUAAAUAAUCACUAACCAAGACUCAAAACUAAUACUAACUCUGAAUGAGUUUGCUACCAAACACAGGAAGUUGAUUACUGAGGUUAAAAACUGUUGGCUAGAAGUUGCUGUCUGUACUCAGCAGGCACAUUUGUUGCUGCUGCUGCUGUCUUUUAUGAUCACUGUCAAUAUGUUCGAGAUGUUCACGUUUGAAUGAGUCAGCUUUAAAGAUAACAUUUCAUAUUUUUCUGACAGAGCAUUGGCAUGCAAAACUAAAAUUGACCAAAUCUGCUUCAGGAAGGCUCAAGCUUUGCCAAAAAGCAUGUUUCUCUACUAUUAAUCUUUAAUCCUGAAAAUGAAUCGUCACUUUUAUUUUUUCAAAAUACAUACAAUUGUUACAAGCUGAGUGGGCUUAAUUUUAUUUCAUGUAUUGUAUGACAGUAUUCUUUUUUCAAAACUAGAUGCUCCUUUACAUUCAAAUGCUUGUGAUUUGUAAAAGAAACUGCUGAACUUUGCUGUUGUGUAUCCACUUACAUUACAAUUGAAGUGGAAUAUGGAUUACUUUGUUCAUUGUGCUAAAGGCUAAAUAAAAGUGAAAUCUGACUUCCAAAA